AGUGAGAAAAAAUAUACUUGUCUCACUUUAACGUAUUGCACUAGUUCAGCAGUGCAGCUGAAAAGAACAGACCUAAUUAGUUCGUCUCAAAUUGCAUUACAAGUAUGAUACAUAACCUGAACGUAAAUUAUUAAUCUUACGUUACCUGUUGUACAUACUGUGAAGUUUAUACUUGAAACCAUUUCUUAUAAUACAGCCGAAAGUACCGCAACUCUACUAUUUUUGGAGAGCAUAGUUAAAUAUAUUCAAAAAUCACUUGCAGCAAAGAGUUUAUAAGAGUGAGAGAAUCAUGUUGAAACGUAAAUUCGAUGAUAUAGAAAAUACACCGAACCAACCUCUUAAAAAUUCGCUGGAUUCUGAUGAGGAGGAUGAUGAAGUGAAUGAAGAUACCUAUAAUGUUAUGAAUGAAGAUGAAUUAGAAGGCACAGAAGAUGGACCCUCAGCACCGGAAGCAAAUGUGGGAUUCACAGCAUUUAACAUGAAAGAGGAAUUAGAAGAAGGUCAUUUUGAUCGAGAUGGCCAUUACGUUUGGAAAAAGGAGAAGCAAAUCAGGGACAAUUGGUUGGACAACAUCGAUUGGGUUCAAGUAAAACCUGAUUCCAGUACUAAAACGCGAAAGAACGUGAAGUCGAGUCACGGAUUGGCAGAUAGUGAUAGCGACAGCGACAGUGACGCUGAAGGAGAUAUCAUGUUCGAUCCCAUUCCACUGUACAAACAGAUCUUAGAAUACCUUAGGCCUGGCGAAUCUGUCUCUAAAACGUUAUGCAGACUUGGUAAAGGGAAGAAGAAAUUAACCACAGCUGAGAGGUGGAAAAAGAAAAAGGAAUCGAAAGCUCAAGAGGAGGAAGAUCCAAAUUCUGUUAGUAUAACAAAGCUGACGGAAUUGGCAAAUGAGUUAUUGACGCGCACUGGCAAUAUGGACAUAUAUCAGGAAACAUAUGAACAGAUUAAAAACAAGGUUGAAAAGGGCAAUAAACAUGCACAUCCUUCGAAGAAAGAGGCGGAGCUUGAUAUGUACGCUGACGAUUUCGACGAAAAGGAAAAAGCAAAACUCGACGAUACUGUUAGUGGCAAGACAGAAGCAGCUAGUGAGGAGAAAAGUUUAUCUAUAGAGGAGAAUGUAACAUGGGACCUGAAAUGGUCGCAGGAUGAGAACGCGGAGAUCCACGGGCCUCAUAGUAGCGAGCAGAUGCAUGCGUGGGCGAAAGAGGGAUACUUCAAACGAGGCGCCUGGGUUCGAAGAACGGGACAACAGGACGAAUUCUUUAGUGCUGCGAGAGUAGAUUUCGAACUUUAUCUGUGACAUUUUUCUCUGAUACAAAAAUGUAAAAGAAUAAUUGAGUCAUGUAUAUUGUUGGAAUAAUAUUGCAUUGCAUAACAUUGCAAAGCUGCAUGGGAAACGACAUAAGAUAUUUAAAUGAAUUUAUGGAAGUAUAUGGAAACAUGGUAAUGGUUUACAUUAUAUAUUUGUCCCUAUAAACCUUCUAUAAAAAUAUUUGAAUGUUAAUUCAGAUAUAAAGCCGUUUUUUGUUAAUAAAAUAUUGGAAGUUUUUUGAGAAAUUCUGUCAUGAUAUUUUUCAUAAGAUUUUGUUUUGUGUCUAUAUGCAUCUUUCUCACGUGAAAUAAUCUUUUUCACGUCAUUUUGUUAAGAGAAAAAAUUUGAAAAAUUUUUCCAACAAAUUGUCCACAAACGAAAUGUCUUUUUGCAAGAUUUGUAGCAGGGGCAUCGAAUAGAUUAAUUAUUUCAUAACCAUUUAAGUAGCAUAUAAAAUGACAUACGAAUCUUCCGUUGCCAUACUUUUUAGUGGGUAUUAAAAAGUCCGCCUAGUGUGAUAUUUUAAAUCAACAAAGAAUUAACUCACGCAUAUACGUCAGAGACUCCUCGCGUAUUUCCGUGGGAGCAGGAACGUUGAAAUUUAUAGUCCGCGGAGCGUAGUAUUUUUAAAUAGGAUUUUAUCCCUAAAGUAAAUCUCCUCUAUUUGUACCGUACGAUGUAGCCACAUGCGGACUAACUUCUAUUUAUCUAGCAGAGCAAAACUGUCUUCUUCCCCUCGAUUCUUAUAUUUAUUUUGUACGUUCCAGAUAGGGAGUACUUCUUUCAACAGAAACUAAAAUAUCAAAAAUAGUAAGAAAAGAAAAAUUUGGAAAC